AUGGUUGGCAAAAAAGAUGCGUGUUGUUCGUGCUGUUCCCGGUCACGGAGCGCAGUUCGGUGUUUAGACAAAUGCGUUGGUACAGAUUGCCCAGAAAACGCAUCCUCGACGUCGAUUCAAAGUUGUUUUCUGCCUUUGUUCUCCCCGUUCGACAGCCAAUUUGUAAACGAGAACGGUGGAAAAGAGCGCGGGAAAGAGGAUUUGCUGCACAACGUGUUGGACACGGCGAUAAGUUCUGAAUUUUCGGCUGGAUCCAGUACUCGAGAAGGCACGUGUUUCGCUAACGAUUGUAGCUUGCUGAACCCGCACGAGAGGCAGAAGUUGGAAGAACUUAUCAUUGCUAACGAGGUGAUGGCAGAACCGGUUCAAAAUUUUGGCGCUAAAUUGAGGAUGGAUAAUCCAAGUUUGAUGGACGUGAUUAAUUUAACUGACGUCGCCUUCAGACGCAUCAUCCGCAUGAGCAAGCGCAUAUCAGGUUUCAAGUGUUUACCGCAAGAGGAUCAGAUAGCGCUGCUGAAAGGAGGAUGCACAGAACUGAUGAUCUUACGUGGCGUUAUGUCAUACGAUGCCGAAAAAGAGUCAUGGCAUGGCCCCAUGUCUCAGUACAUUAAAAUUGAUGUCUUAAAAGACUUCAGUUCCAGCAUAUACGAAGAACAUAAAAAGUAUGACUGA